GUGCGGUACGUUGAAGGUCGGAUUAACCAGGCUGGAUAACCCAGGGAUUGGCUCCUCAUCGUUGACCAGCUGACCAGUCGGGCAGAGAGUAAGAGCCACUCGACCAACACUGUUGUAUUGACGUGAGAAAAUCCAUUUUUAUCGAGGAUACGAUGGCCACCAACGCUGUGCGCAGUUUUAUAAGGACUUUUGGCUCCAGCGCCUCCAUUCCACCAAGGAUGCCAGCUCCACCCAGGGCGCUCAACCGAUGGAGAAGAGUCACCGGGACGGUGUCGGCGAGAAGAGAGAGCCACAGCUACUACACCGAUGUGGAGAGUCGACCUCGAGUCUUGAUUUCAGGUGAGGAUAAGGUGUAAUGUGGGACGGUGGUGUUGGUGUGGUGUGAGGGUGUUGGUGGGAGGGUGUGUGAAUGGGUGGGGGUGUUGGGCUUGAGGGUGUGUGAAAUGGUGGUAGUGUUGGUAUGUUGUGAGGGUGUUGGUGGGAGGGUGUGCGUAGUGCGAGGCUAUUUGUGGGGUGAUAGUUUUGUGGUGUGAGGGUGUUGGUGGGAGGGUGUGUGAAUGGGUGGGGGUGUUGGGCUUGAGGGUGUGUGAAAUGGUGGUAGUGUUGAUAUGUUGUGAGGGUGUUGGUGGGAGGGUGUGUGUGGUGCGAGGCUAUUUGUGGGGUGAUAGUUGUGUGGUGUGAGGAUGUUGGUGGGAGGGUGUGUGAAUGGGGUAAUGGUGUGGAGCCAGGGUUUGUGUGUGGUCAAGGUGUUUGUUUGAUAGGUGUAUGACUCCCAAUAAGGGUAGGAUUCAUGAUAUGUCAUGUCGUCUGUUGAAUCACGUUAAUCAACAAUGAUUGACCUAGACCUUACAUGUCUCCCAUUUGCGCCACUCACAGGGUCACUGGGCCAGCUUGGACCAGGACUUGCUAAAAUAUUGAGGUAA